UUUUGCGCGAAGUGGGGUGACUUCGCUCGCUGUGAACGUUUGUUUUAUUAUUUUUUUUAUACUUCAUUAAUAAGUAAUAGCUCUUCGGUGUCAUGGCGGAACCUGCAGCCUGUCCCGCAUUCCAGCUGGGAAAAUCGCAGUACAACCAGAGCACGUUUUUUGGAAGAUUGAGACACUUUCUCAAUGUGAUCGAUCCCAGGACUCUGUUCGUCUCAGAGAGUCGUCUGACAGAGAGCAUAAGACUGCUGGACGACUUUAAACAUGGGACUCUUCCCCCUGGAGUGUCCGACACGCAGCUUUGGGAAGCUCAGAAAAUCAAACAGGCCAUCAUCCACCCUGACACUGGCGAGAAGAUCUUCAUGCCCUUUCGCAUGUCAGGUUAUGUGCCUUUUGGAACACCAAUAGUGGUGGGGCUCCUCCUGCCAAACCAGACACUGGGAUCCACAGUCUUUUGGCAGUGGUUGAACCAGAGUCAUAAUGCCUGUGUUAACUACUGUAACCGGAAUGCCAGUAAGGUAUGGAACGCAACUUCGGCAUCAGGUAAUGUCAUCGGUCACCAUGGUAACCAUGUAGUCAGCAUCCUUCAAUGGAGAACUUCUAAGAUGCUCACAGUCAUACAGAAGAGCCUCUUCUCCACAUUCUGUCACACUGCAGUCUCUACUCAUUCCAGCUGCCUUGCGGUUGUAACCUCUAAUGUUCUCUGUCGUCCUCCUAAGCCCACACCAACCUCCAAGUUCCUGCAAGGAUAUGUAGGUGCCGUAACCAGUGCCGUGUCAAUUGCGGUGGGACUGAAUGUGUUGAUUGAGAAGGCCAGCAGGUUCAACCCAGCCACCCGAAUGAUGGUCCAGCGCCUGGUGCCCUUCCCCGCCGUGGCCAGUGCCAAUAUCUGCAACGUGGGGCUCAUGAGGCACAGUGAGUUGGAGGAGGGCAUCGAUGUGCUGGAUACCAAUGGAAAUGUGGUGGGCACCUCCAGAAUUGCAGCUAAGCAUGCGCUCAUGGAAACGGCCCUGACAAGAGUGGUCCUUCCCAUGCCAAUACUCCUCUUCCCACCGAUCAUAAUGGCCUUCUUGGAGAAACUUCCUCUCCUGCAAACCCACCGCCGGCUGGUGCUGCCCGUCCACAGCCUGGUGUGUCUGGCUGCCUUCGGCUUCGCCCUGCCGCUGGCGAUCAGCCUCUUCCCACAGAUGUCCCAGAUUGAGGUGUCCAAGCUGGAGCCGGAGAUUGCCAUGGCAACAGACUGCAAGGUGGUCACCUACAACAAGGGGCUGUAGGCACUGGGGCGAAAUGGCGCCAACUGAAGGAUGGGAUAUGAACCUAUUCUGUUGCUCCGGUAUUCGGUCUCCACUCAGUUUAAAUACUUAAAUAAGUCACACUAACAAUAUUAGUGGUGCUUUAGUCCCCAGCACCAGCAGUUUACACUGAUCAGGAAGGCUAGACCCAACUUCUGCGGUACGUUUACGUCCCCAUGUUCCAGUAGCACUGUACCAAGUUUAGGGUGACACUGGGGAAAGGUAGAGAGGAAAAGCAGUAAAACCCUGUAGGAAAGAGUACCGUGGUGAGGGACUAGGCUCAGCUCCUCAGCUCAGGCUAACAAUGUACUCAAGCAAUACUACUUCAGAUAAUCUGUCGCUCUACACGCAGGUUUUCCACAUCACCCUGUAGCCUGAGAUGACUAGAGCAACAUGUUCUGCACUGCUUACUGUAAUUUAACAUGUCAAAACCUGAGUGGUUCUGAGGGAUAAAGGGGACAGAAAUUAUCCAUGUUUGAAUAAAUCAAACCAAUUUAACUUGCUGGUAAAUUUUUUUUUUUUUUUUUUUUUUUUUUUUU